CCACAUGUGUAUGGGAUAGAUUGUCAUUGUCAAAUGGUGCCACAUCAAACGUCAUUUGCGGUCACUCGCCAAUCAAUGGUCAGCCACAGAAAUUCAACGAUGGGAAUGUUGUCAUAAGUUUUACGUCUGACGUCAUUAUUCCUCGUCCUGGAUUUUUGCUGACUUUUCGUAGUAUUCCUUUAAUAAGAUCGUCUAUUGACUGCAUUUUUGAUAAUGGUUUUUGCAACCAGACAAAGACAGAUAACUGGGUAAGAACUAAUGGAGCAUCAGGAAUUAAUCGUCCCACCUUCGAUCAUACAACUGGCACUGCAACAGGUUACUAUAUUUUGCUACAAACAAACUAUAACGAAAGAAUUCAGUCUGGAAGUAUCACUUUCAAUUUGACUGCAAAUGUAACAAAGUCAUGCUUAAGUUUUUGGUAUCAAAGCUCUGGCAAUACGAGUGCUCCAAAUACUAUUGGCGUUUAUUUGAUAUCAAAUGAAAGAGUCAUGCUCAUGUGGAAUGAUACGCUAAAGCAUGAUUUGUUUUGGAACAAAGCUCAGUCAACUGUUAAUCUUACUCAUGGAAAUUAUACGAUAGUCUUAAAAGUACUCGUCGAGUCAUACCCAGGUUAUGUUGCCUUAGAUGAUAUUUCAGUUGUUCUUGGAGAAUGUGUCAAACAAGGUAUUUCUUCUCAAAUGAGCUCCUGUGGCAAGCGCAAGGUACUCCCUGGAUCUCAGUCUCCACAGUCUCUCAUUGUAGGAGGAACAGAGGCUAGACCAAACUCUUGGCCAUGGAUAGUUAGUUUGACUCGAAGAGGCUCUAUUCAUUGUGCAGGAUCAAUUAUUGACAAAUAUUGGAUUUUGACAGCAGCUCAUUGUCUUGUACAGUCAACAAUACCUGCAACUUUUUUCACCGGAAUUACAAUAAAUGUUGCAGAUCAUAGAACAGAUACAACCAGUGUUUAUGAAUACUCUUUGACGUCAGUGGCCAUGUAUAUUCAUCCUAAAUAUUAUGUAAACGGACCUGUAUAUUUUGCGGACUAUGACGUUGCUUUGAUGAAACUCCCGACACCUUUGAACUUUACCGAACGUGUGCAGCCUGUCUGUCUUCCAAGUCAAGAUGAUAUUUUUAACGGAAAUGAUAAUUGUUUUGUGAUUGGCUGGGGACGUACUGCAUCUGGCUUCACUUCUCCAUAUUUACAACAGGUGAAACUUGAUGUUAUUAGUCUUCAAGAAUGCAAUAGUUUUAGCUUUUUUAACGGGAGAGUCUCACCAAGGUCAGUCUGUGGUGGUCGUAGAUCAGGUGGAGUCAGUGCUUGUAAUGGUGAUAGUGGUGGUCCCUAUCAAUGUAAACGCAAUAAUACUUGGAUACAAUUAGGGAUAGUCUCUUGGGGACGCUCUUGUGUGCAAGCUAGAUAUUACAGCGUGUUUAUGGAUGUCAGAAAAUUCUUGCAGCCAUUUAUUGAAACAAUUCAAAGAGGUCAGAACACUAAUCUAACCAUGUACUACUCAAGAGCAAUUGGAGUUGUGUUUCAAAACUUAUCAGAACUAUAUUCCUCGAAUCUUUCGGUUAUUUUAACGAAUAAUGGAGAAUUUUCUGAUAUCGAUAUGGUUGGAUAUUUUCGAGCACUUCCUUAUCAGAUUGAGCUUGUGAAGCAAACAACCUUAAUUGAUCUUAUUACUGUUUCCGGACAGCAAAAUUUAACUUUAAAUACGACGACAAUACAACAUAUUGCUUCUGUUCUUGUCCGGUAUAUAAGUAGCCUGUAUGCUGAUUUUAGAUCUGGAAGAUCGGGCAGACGUACUUUUGCACCAGAUUCAAAUAGUACGAUUGGGGGAAAUGAUGCACAUGGAAGAAUGUUAAUUAUCCAGUUGACAACUUUGAUUGGACAAUCCAUUCAGGCUCAACAUCAAGUUCGAGGACUGGACCUAGCUCAGACAGAAGAGGAUCGAUUACUGAUCAUCGUUGAAGGUGUUUGUGGCUCCAGCUAUACGGGUGAUAUUGCUCUAGAUGAUUUUGUUUUUUUUAAUGGUUCUUGUGAUAUCCAUCCCACGUAUGCUGAACCACGCUUUAUUAAUACUACAGCAACCAUUUUCCCAACUCCCACGAUUUCUUAUGCCACACCUACCUCAACAACCACAAUUGGUGCAAAUGGACCGAUUUUAUUUGACGAUUGUGUCGAAGCUCAUGAAAAAUCUUGUUCAAGCAAUGAAAAAAAAUACUAUCUGAAAUCACGAAACGAUUUGGGUUAUGCUGAAACGGAAUGUCAUAUAGGUGGUAGCCUAAACCUUGGAUGUACUGGUAUCGGAUGGACAUUUCUUGGAAACAUAAGUGGAAGCUCCUCGUCAAGCUCAACAAACUACGAGUCAAGAAUUUGGCAGUCAAAAGAAGACGAACAAACAAACUUUAAUUCUCAAUUUUGGAGUGCCAGUGUCUCCACUAUUUGUCUGCAGACAUAUUACGGCUUUAUGCAAAUUUCAGUUUCAGCACCAUCUGCUCGUAGUUUAUUUUUCGGUCAAAAACUCUUGAAUAUUUCAGCAUCAUAUUUUUUAAAUUCUUUUACAAAACUAUGGAUUCACACACAGCUGCCAAAUUUUUCAUCGCGAUGUUACGAAAGUGGAUUCAACGUUGGAGAUGUAAAUUUCAUUCAGGCUCGUUUUGGUAUUGUUUCCGUUAACAGACCAGGAUGUAAUAAUACUGUUGCUCAAGCCAUUGGUGUUGGAAUAAAAAUACCUGGGAGGAAGAAUAUCAGUGUUAACGGUGUGGUUACCGAUGUGAUGUCACUUAAUUUCGCUUCCUACCUAGACUUUAGCUUUUAUGUUCGUUCCCGUCCUCCUAGAACUUAGUUUUUAAUUCUUAGUUUUAAUCUGCUAUUAUGCCGCCUGCACUUACUUAUGUGAUUCCAAUAUAGCUAACUUAGUCUAUUGCCUAUAAUAAACAUUUUUGUAAGUUAGAUUUAUAAGCACAACACCACUUGUUCAUUUUAAAAAAUGUUAGACUUAUCUUACACAACCAAAGACACUAAGGUAAAAAAAACACUGAAAUGAAGCGUAUCAGUUUUAUGUCUAGUAAAUGAAUAUUGUGCUAGUUCAUUUAGAAAUAAUAUAAUAUGAUGGAUCUACGUAAAAAUAAUGGUUAUGCCUUAAUAAACAUAGUCAUCACAAAUAA